CUGAGAAAUAAUUCAGCACUAUCACUACAAACGUUAAAACGCCGGCAUACGUCGACCAUGUGGCUCGUUGGGAAAAAUAUACUUAAUCUGUGUUGGUGUGAACAUGACAGUGUGUGCGACAUGCGCGUACACUCCUGCUCAGCGAUGCCUACACUGUUCAUUACCACUACAAAUAUAAUAACCAAUAGAAAUGAAGAUACAAUUACAGGGGGUGGUAGACAAGAUAUUCAAAUUCUCACGAAUUCCGACACGCGCGUAAAGAUUGGACGCCAAUCCAGUUUUCUAGAAAUUCAUGGAAAUAAACACAACCUUUUCUAAAGUCACUUGCUUCUGCCAAUAUACCUUUGCUUCUGCUAUACAUUGUGAGUGCCUGCCAGUGCCAAGAAAUUAAUAAGACGAAAGUGUUGUCAGGUGGAUUUUUUGUGUCUUUCAUGUGUUUGUGUAAUUAGUGACUCGCCAUCAUUUUUGAAAUGGACGAACCGUCAAACAGUUCAUCUGACAUUGAAAAUUUUGAAAACGCUGAUGAGGUUGAUAUGCAUUCUUCCUCUUGGGAAAGUUCUCCCAAUUCUUCUGCAUCCGAACAGAGAAACAUUCUACGCUCAAAAAAAUUGAAAAAAAUUUAUCGUCCAUCUACUGGCAAGGAGUCUCCAGAAUGGCAAAGUUUAUCUGAUGCUGAUAAUGAUGAUCAUGAAAUUGAACAUCCGACUGUGAAUGAACAUACAGGAGAAUGCAGCAGAACAUCAGUUUACUGUCAAAACAUGGAAGUAGAGUACAACAUUGCUGAAAUUGAUAACCAGGCUGAAGAAUAUCAAAGCGAUGAAUUUGUCCCAACUUGGACUAAUGAAUUUAAAAAUCAUUUAAAAUCCAUUGUUGAAAAUCAUACAUUAGAAGAAGAUGAUCUUGAGGAGCAGGAGUCAAAUCGGAGAAACAUUGAUAAUAUAACUGCAGAGUUGGGAAACAUAGAAUUUGAGUUUUUGGAUGAAAGUGAUCCAGAGGAGGGUGAAGAAGAGGAAAAUGAAAAUUCAGAUGAUGGAGGCUUCGAAAAAUUACAUAAAUUUUUAGAGAAGGAAGAUAUUUUUCAACGAAUAGAUGUCGACGUUAAAGUAAGCAUCGGUGAAUUGUUGCUGCUACUUGUAAAAUAUGCUCUGAUUCACUCCCUCGGCUUAUCUGCUGUUUGUAACCUUUUCAUGCUUAUUAAUUGUAUUUUCGCGAGACCCAUUCUUCCAGAUUCACGAUAUUUAAUUGAUAAGUUAUUCAAUCCAUUAAAUACCGUUACUUUCCAUGCAUUAUGCCCAGAAUGUGGGAUUGAUAUAGGAAUUUUUAAAAGUAAAGAUUUACAAAAACAUUGUAGUUUAUGCAAUAUUAAUGUCAAUGUUAAAGAUCCUGAGUAUAAAAAUUUUUUUGUAACUUUAGACCCGACAUCGCGGAUAAAAGAAUUGUUAGAAGCUAACAGUGAAUAUUAUAAUGAUGUGAUGAAUGUCCAACAAACAGAUGAAUUUAUGAGAGAUAUUUAUGAUGGUAAAAAUUAUCGACGUUUUAAAAAAAGUUUAGAUCCUGCUGACAAAAAUCGCUUUGUCUCGGUUACUUUUAAUACAGAUGGAGCACCUCUUUUCGAGAGUUCCGCGUAUUCUAUCUGGCCAAUAUACAUUAUGCUAAAUGAAUUACCAUUUUCAGUCAGGACAUCCGAAUUAAUUGUUGUCGGUUUAUGGUUCGGCAGAAGCAAGCCAAACAUGAAUAUUUUUUUAAAACCUUUCGUAGAAGAUAUGAACAAAUUAUCCACCGAAGGUUUAAAAUGUAACAUAAAUACUGAGGGAUAUUUAACUAAAAUUUUCUGUUUAAUUUGCUGCGUAGAUUCUAUUGCAAGGGCUCCAUUGCAGGGGCUUAUGCAAUUUAAUGGCUAUUAUGGGUGCAAUUGGUGUCUUCAUCCUGGUAAAUGGGUGGCAAAGGAGUCAAAACCGAAUAGCGGAAGUCACAAAUAUCCUUUGUUUGAUACUACUGCAGCAAAUCGUAAUGAGAAGGAUUCGAAAAAACAUAUGAUCGAAGGUAGCGAGGAAAAGCCAUGUUUUGGUUUCAAAAACGUAUCUCGACUGAUAAAUUUAAAUAGCUUUAACAUUAUUGACGGUUUUGUUCCCGACUAUAUGCACAUUAUUUCUGGUAUAGGAAAACAGUUUGCUAAUCUAUGGUUUGGAACAAAUAAGGUGUCAUCAAGUUUUGUUAAUGAAAAAACAGUUGAUGAUAUUAAUGGAAUUUUGAAGUCUAUAAAAGCCCCUCAUCAAGUUGGUCGUCUCACAAGAUCCUUAAAAGAUAAAGCAUUCUGGAAAGCACGCGAGUGGGAGAAUUGGGUUCUGUAUUACAGUACACCUAUACUUAAACUUUUUUUUGAUCAAAAAUACGUACUACAUUGGGUUAAGUUGGUUGAAGCUUUGUAUAUACUCCUGCAAUCAAAAAUUACAAUUGAUGAACUUAAUCAUGCUGACAUCCUACUUCAUGAAUUUGUCGUAGGUACAGAAGAGUUGUAUUCGCAAUUUGCAAUGACUUUCAAUGUUCAUCUCUUAUUGCAUUUGUCUAAAAGUGUUUUAGAUUGGGGGCCUUUAUUCGCACAUUCUGCAUUUGCAUUUGAAUCAGGGAAUUGUCAAUUGCUCAAAUCAGUUCAUGCUGCAAAAGGUGUUCAUCACCAAAUAUGUCGUAGCAUUAAUUUGAAUUCCAGCUACAAUUUGCUGCUGAAAUUAAUUUAUCCACGAGCACAAGUAGAUGUUCAAUCAUUAUGUACCCAAUUAGGUACAUCUAUGAUAAAAAAUACAAUAAAAGUAAAUAGUUUACGAUACUUCGGGAAAUCUUCAAAUGUUAAUUCGAUGUGGAGAGAAAAAUUAAAUUUGUCAGAGCGAGCACGCUGUUAUAAAAAGUUAGUAAAAGAUGGAUGUUUGUAUUUAUCGUCUAUUAAAAAAAAUGAACGUUCUGAUAACACGAUUGGCAAAUUAGUCGAUGAAAAAUAUAUUAAGAUUGUAGAAUUUAUUGUAGAUCCAAUUUCAAAACAAGAAUUUAUAAUAUGUCAAUUUUUGAGUACUCAAUCUGCUUUCACAAAUAACUAUAAAGCUCUGCAGAAAGUGUUAGCAGUAUCAAGCGAUGAAAUAGCAAUGCCAACUGUCAAUUUGGAGAAAGUUUGUGUUCAUUUAGGUAUCCGCAAAAAAAAUUAUGUUUGUGCAGUUCCUAAUCUCUAUAGCUACUAAGAUAAAAAAAACAUGUUUAUUACGAAACAUUGUUUUUGAAAGUUAUUGAAUUUAAAUGACUGAUAUUUUUGCAUAUUAAGUAUUUUCUCUUUAAAUGAUAAAGUCGAAAUUUCAAAUAUUUAAUAAUUGACAUUGUCAAAUUCGUAUGUCUGUCAUAAAACUUUACAGAUUUUAAUCUUUGCACAGUGAAUUGCAAAGUAUUUCUGGAGUACUUUCUAAUGCAAUGGCAUUAAGAGAAAUAAUUUUCACCCUUCUUUUUUUACAUUAAACCAAAUUUUCUACUUAUGUCAAAAAAAAUUUUUCUAUUUUUAUAUCCAUUAUACACUCAAUAUUUUUUCUAUUAAAAUAUGUAAAUUUAAGGACAGAAAAGCAAUAGGGUUUUAAUAAAAUGUAGAAAGACAAAUUUUUUUACAGGUUUACUUUUUCUGUGCCAUUUCAUGGUUCUACUAUAAACGUAAUCAUCUUUACAUAAUCUCCAUCAUACAAUUGUGCAAAAACAGUUAUUGGUUUAUUUUUAUCUGAUGAAUAUAACAAACAAUUUUGCCUAACAACUUUUUUUAUACAUAACAGCUCGCUCAGAGAGAUAUAAUAUUUUAAUCUAAAAAAUCUACGGGAGAACUUGCACCGAAGACCGACUAUAAUUUAAUUAAAGAGACAUCAUUACCCAUAGUUGCACCAUUUUUUUGACUAAACAUUUUAGGGGGUAUGAUUACCUGGUUCUUGCAAUACGUGUAAAUUGAUGAUGUACCCUUUUAGGAGCAUAAAUAACUUUCAAUAAUUUUCCAUUACCACAUUCAUUACACACUCUCAUAUGUAUUGAGAGUCGAAAGGGGUCCCCAAUUAUAUAUUAGGUUAAUGAAGUUAUAACUGUUUUUGUAUAAAUUACAUCCUCUUCUGAAACAAAUUGAUGUAACAACUGGUCGGCUAGAUUCAUCUCCAAAUUUACUAUCUCCUAUUACAUCAAAAAGUAAACUGCUUCAAUGAAUAAAGGCCAAUGUAAUACAAUAUCUUUUGUUAUUACUUGUGAAGAAUGGGCACGCUAAAGAAUAAUGUCCAGUUCUCUCAUUCUCUUGCUUUCCAAUUUCUCUUUCAACAAAAACCCGAAAUAUUUGAUUCGGUGCUUUAAUAUUAUAUAUAAAUCAUUAUUAUUCUCUGCAACCAAUUCUUUGAAAAACAAUCCGGAUUUUCUUUUACUUACAAACAACAUUGUUGCAAACUGUUUAGCUAUUCUGCUGUUCCAUGUUAAUUAAAUUUAUUAAUUGAGAAGCUUUUGUUCACAGCAAGAAAAGAAUUUUUUCUUGCACGUCAACCCCAUAUGUUUUAUAGUUUUUUUAUUAUUUCUACUCUCUGGUACUGGUUUUAGGGAAUAUUUAAUAUUCCUUAAAAUAUUUUUCACAUAUAUUAUUUUAUUUUGAACCUAUUUUCAUGAUUGUAAGCACUGAUUGCAUUCUCUUUUGUACAAAUAAUUAUUAGUAAUUGGUUUCAUAUUACAAAAGUUGACCAAAUAGAGUAGGUGAAACUUUCAAAUAAUGGUGCACUAUCAGUAUUAAAAAUUAAAAUUGAGAGAUUAUGUUCAUUUUUUGCACGUAACUUCUUUACAAAUCGGUUCAUUUAAUCAUCACAGAUAUCAAGCAUCACACUUUUCUCAAAUCGUCUUUCACUAUUCACAAAAUUGUAAUAUUCAUUAUUUUUACAAAUCUUACAUUUCAUAAAACUAUUUUUCCGAUACAUUUUUCAAUGAAAGCUUUACAAUUUGGAUACGUCACAUUUAACUUACAUAGUUUUUAAUGAAUCAAUUUAUCAAUUAAAUAUCGCGUAUUGUGGAAUUGUAUGGUAAACAAAAGUUAAAUAAAAAAUUUCAAUUAGUGAUAUUGAAUAUACAAUAAUAUAUUUUUAAAUCUUUAUAAUUAUCUUACUUGCAAUUGUAAUCACUGGAAAUGGAAACGGUAGUCUUAUUUUACAUAACAAAUCUUAUGAAUUCAAAAAAUUUUGAAACGAAUA